AUGAAUAGGAGAGUGCAAGAACUUUUUAGAGCUGUUAUUCCCGCUCUUUCUUUUAAUAGGAUUAAAACGAAAUCCACAGUUAUAUCAGCCUCGCGAAGAGUGCCAAAUUACCCGGUGGAACUAUGGGGCGCUUUUCUCAGCAACGCAUUCAAUGCUUCGUUAUCAAUUAAUGCAGAAGAUCGUAAGUUUUAUAAGCCUAAUUUCCCUCAAUUAAGCAUAAAUUCGGAAGACACAACGGUAGUUCUAUUUUUGGAAGUGGUUGGUAAAGUCAACGAUCAAAGAUUGGCUUCUCUACCAAACCCACAAAUGUGGUGCAAGCACAAUCAAGCUCCUUUUGUCAAGGGAGAACCGGAUAUUGUAUGUAUUGGAGCCCCAGACAGUACAACGCUUCGUUCUACAAAUGAGUAUGGAGUAAGUUUGUUAGCAACGGUUGAAGUCAAGUCGGAUCAACUUCUGAACAACAUCAUACAAGAAAUUAUUGGUGAACAAAGACUUUCAGGCGGUGAAAGAGAAUUGUACAAUAUAUAUAAUGUAGCAAGAGGACAGAAGGAUAGCGGUACAAAUAAUUAUUCUAAAUACGAUAAAUUAAGGAACAUUGUUCAUCAAGCGUUCGUAUACAUGGUGGUUAAUGACAGGCGAUAUGGCAUGAUUACGACACUCAAUCAAACAUGGUUUAUGUUUCGCAAAGUUGGAGAUGAAAAAACUCUUUGUAUUUCUCCUGCGGUUUCAGUCAGACAGGUAUACACAAACAAUCAAGCUUCAUUUUGGGAGUGUCUGCGAUAUUUUGAAGAUUUAUCUACGUCAAAUCCAUAUGCACGUUCACCUUCUGGUUCUGAACCGCCAUUAACCGAUAGUGAUGACAGUGAUGAUGGGGAUUCGGACAAUCAAGAAGAUCCACCUCCACCACCUCCAUCUGGUUCAGGAGUGAGUUCUCGAACUCGGAAAAAGACUAAAAGCAAUGCUACCAAUAAUACUGAGUUAAAAGAAACUAAAGAGAAAGAAAUUAAGGAGAAUAUAUUACUUAAAUAUAUGAAAAACUAUGAUCGUAACCAUUUUACCUUCGGGCAUAUAUUGGGAUAUGGUCGAACAGGGUGCAUCUUUGAGGCAACACUUGGCAGAGAAACAGGUGCUCUCAAGAAGGUGGCUCUAUAUAAAGAUGGGAAUAAACUAGAAGAACUGCUUAGUGAAAUCAAGAUAUACAUUGGACCUCUUUUAAAAUUUGGGGUUCUUUGUGAAGCGUUUGUCUUUAUUCUUACGUCUCUUGCUGAAGAAACUUUUGCGACGAUAGGAGACAUCACCAGAAAAGAAAAGGAGUUAGCCAUUAAGGGCUUACAGGAAUUACAUUCGAAGGGAGUGAUGCACGGAGACGUUAGACUAGAAAAUAUAAUGGUGAAGAGGAGGAAUAAGGGUUCAACUUCUUGUGUGUGGUGGAUUGACUUUGGUUGGAGUAAAAUGACGGAUAAUUUGAAAGAAUUGGAUAAGGAAUUAACAGAGUUAAAAUAUUUGCUUGGAAUGGUAGGCAUGAAAUAA